CACAGAUAGAAAUGGAACUACAAAAUCUAACUAAAACAGGGCAAAGACAAACGUCAAGGCUGCGAUGACGAACAAGUGGAGUAGUUUUCGCGCUCAUAACAAGAAGGUGACUCACGUAACACUAUAGCUUCCAUCUUGUCAUGCCAUUGCCAGUGCCACCCCUAAAAACCGCCAAAACUGACCUUCACACCUCGCUCGUGCCUCCCCUCCCUUUCCCUUAAUUCACUUAAAUACCGAGAACCCACCUUCUUCUUCUCUCCAUCUCUCUUUCUCAUGGCUUCCAACAACUCUUCAUUCACGCUUCUGUCUAUAGCUGAUGCAGCUUCAUGGUACUGCGCCUUUCUUCUUGUCAUCCUCUUACUGCAAAGCUCUAUGAGAGAAACCUACGAUCCUUGUGAGAUUGUUAGAGGCAAUCAAAUGUUGGAACGACCAUGCGAUGAGAUUUAUGUUGUCCAAGAAGGGGAAACCCUUCACACCAUUAGCGAUAAGUGUGGUGAUCCCUUUAUAGUUGAGAAGAACCCCCAUAUACAUGACCCUGAUGAUGUUUUCCCUGGUCUCGUCAUCAAGAUUACUCCAUCAAAAUCUACACACAUGUUAUUACGGUAGUUUUGUUUUUUCUUUUUGCCUUUGUUUUUCCUUGUACAUAAAAAGAUCAUUGCUUAUCUUAGUUUCGUUGCGAAAACAGGAAAAAAAUUAUCAAAACAAUACUGUAUUUGAGAUCAAAACAAGCAAAUAAAUGAUCAACUAGAAUAAUUUGUGUUAUGUAUUGUGUAUCUGGAUAAAAGUUUAAAUAUAUGGACACAGCCCACGAACAGAUGAGGAUCAGCAUAUUCCAACUUUCUACCAACACGUACGCCUAGGCAGACAGACAGCCCAACCCAAAUCCAUCAUGCGUCAGGUCUAAACAGAAAAGAAAUUUAUUUUCUUUGUCGUCAUUAAUGAGAGAUUAUCCUAGUCUCAUUUCUAUAUGAGUAGGUGCACAUAGUCCAUUGAUUAAUAAUUCAUUUUGAUAAUGGUGGAAUCAUUGUCAUCUUCCUUUUUAAACAUGAACAAGAGCUGAACAUUUACUUAUCUUGUUCUCAG